AUGUCACCCUGUGGGGACCACAGUGCGAGGUCUGUGUCAGGCACCUGCAGGAGCCCAGAGGCUGUUGAGUGGCUUCGACUGCAAGGCAUCAAUGCAUACAGGCUGGACUUGGAAAUGGACCAACAUUUGUGUUCUGAAGCUCAACGCUAUCUAGAGAGUGCAACGCACAUCUUAUCUUCGAUCCCACCUCUUCUGCAAGACCGGUCAGAAGCUGUUGACCCCGUGAGUGUUGUCUCUACGUUGGCAUUUGAAGGCUGCAGGUUCUACUGGUCCACAAGGCGGAUAUCAUCCCAGCCACAGCAUGGCUUGGAUACCUCAGCAGCACGGGUGUCUAUGGAGACUGGCAAGGCGGAUGGGUAG